AGGAAGAUCCCCCUGGAGAGGGUCCUCGAGAACACCCUGGAUGGGAGGACGAUCUCGGCGGCGAAGAAGGCCGCGUCCCGCCUCGCUCAGAUGGGCGGCACGAGCGCGACUGAUGCAAGCAUUCUCAACAACUUCUUGAAGAUCGUGGUUGCCGCCCAGACCUUGCAGACCGACAAAAUCCGCGUGCGCACCAAGGCCGAAAAGGAUGAGUUGAUCAAGCUGCUGGUUGUCGAGGACGCCCAGUGGCCCCUGGUGACCCAGGAGACUCUCUUGAACCUCAGCCUCGCUGAGUUGGAGAAGACCCGCGACCUCGGCAAGCUAAUCGAGUGCAUCGCACCUUGGCCCAAGGACGAUUCUGCCGUCCCAGAUUUCGACCCCUUGAACCCCACGCUGGUGUCGUUGCCAGUGGAUAUGGACCACAAGAUGUCGGUGAUGGUGCACGUGCUGAUUGAGAAGCUCCUCGUCCCCGCCAUAAGGAUCGGCUUCGAGAACAAGGCUCACGUGGUGAAUAUGGUGGACACGUUCAUUGAUGCCUACGAGAACGUCGACCUGGUCAUGCUGGGCGGAACAGCCAGCGGGGCAUUGGGAGACAUGAUGGACUGCUGGAAGGGGAUCAAGGCGCUGGCCACUUCAACGAUUGAUAUGGACUUGAAGGACCGUGAACUGCAAACCUCAUGA